CAAAGCUGGCUGGGCCCCCAGCACACGAUAGCGAAAGACUUCCCUCCGCAAGGAAGACUUGAAAUCAUCACCUACGCCAGCCAACGGGCGAAACGUCUCGAGGAGCAGCCUAUGUGAGCGGCAGCCUUGCCAGUGCCCUUUGCUCUCUCUCCAUGUGGACGCAUCUCUAAGAGUCUCACCGCCAUGUCUGGCUCAGAGGCGCAACAGCCAACCAACGAAGCGCAACACCUGACCUCGCCCACGCCCACGCCGCCACCAGCGCGAGCGCCCAAUUCGGACGAGGCAUCGGUCGUGAGUGCGGGGCGACAUCAAGGCUCAUCACGAGGACGGCCUGAAAUCUCCACGUCCACAUCCACUUCUGGAGCGGCUACGGAGGCCCCCAUGAGUGCAAGUCACGCGCCUGGACAGCCUGUACAACACCCGUACGACCCAGCCGCUCAACCUGCCCUUGCGCCACACGUACCGCCGGUAGUCCCGCCGAUAGUCGCCCCGAGUGACUUUCUGGGAGUUGGUUUGCGGCGGACGACGCCGGUACGGCAUGCUGUGUCUCCGAUCAUUGCACACCUGCACCCGAAAGGCUCCAUGGAGCAGCCCAAGGCCCCUCUGAGCGUCAUCGACAGGGAACAAAUCGAGGGCUUGAGAGCUAUACGAGCGUUCCUGAAGGUCAGGACCAGUUACGACGUCCUGCCCUUGAGCUUUCGCCUAAUUGUCUUCGACACGGCCUUGCUCGUCAAGAAGAGCCUGAACAUACUGAUUCAAAAUGGCAUUGUCUCUGCGCCCUUGUGGGAUAGCAAGACGUCCACCUUUGCGGGAUUGCUCACGACCUCCGACUACAUAAACGUAAUACAGUACUAUUGGCAAAACCCGGACCAGCUACACCUCAUAGAUCAGUUUACACUGAACUCGCUGCGAGAUAUAGAAAAGGCGAUAGGCGCACCCCAGAUCGAGACGGUUUCGAUACAUCCAGAACGGCCACUCUACGAAGCAUGUCGGAUGAUGGUGACAUCGAGAGCAAGGAGGAUACCGCUGGUCGAUAUAGAUGACGAAACAAAGCGUGCAAUGGUAGUCAGCGUUGUCACGCAGUAUAGGAUUCUAAAGUUUGUGGCUGUAAAUGUCAAAGAGACCCAGAAACUGAAGAAGCCGCUGAAAGAGCUCAAAAUCGGGACGUACGAGGGCAUCGCGACAGCGUCGAUGGAGACACCGGUCAUAGAUGUGAUCCACAUUCUCUUUGAAAAGAACAUAUCGAGCGUUCCUAUCCUGGACAAAGAAGGUGCCGUGAUCAAUGUUUUCGAGGCGGUAGAUGUGAUUGCAUUGAUCAAAGGCGGCGUCUACGAUGAAUUGAAUCUUACAGUGGGCGAAGCGCUUCUGAAAAGAUCUGAUGAUUUCGCAGGCAUAUACACGUGCUCCAUGUGGGAUCGAUUGGAUACAAUAUUCGACACAAUCAGACGAUCACGCGUCCAUCGGCUAGUCGUAAUCGAUGAGAAUGCAAGGUUGCAGGGGGUAUUGACCUUGAGCGAUAUCCUAGAAUACGUGUUGCUAGAAGGCGCGGACCAAGAAGAUCGGCCGCUCGAAUGAGGGUCUUAUCGUGUGUUUUCGAUUGGCAGUAAUGAGUCUCUUGCAGGGGAAUUUUUUUCACGACUAUUCUCCUCACGAUACACCAUAGAAUUGAGCCGCGUAGGCUCCAGAUUUCAUCACGAACAGAUUUGGCCUCAGGCAAUUUGAGUACUCAAGAGAUAUUGACUGACCAAUUCCUGGGAUCGUCGUGUGCCUUUACGCGUCAUUAGAUGUACUGCAUGUUACUGGUCAAAUGGAGCAUUCGAUCUUUACAUGCAAGCGAUGUUGACUGUCAAGACAUGCAUUUGCCAGAGAUGGAUAGGAACUUGAGAAAUGACUAUCAAGAUCAUCCGGCUCUCAUUUGCAAGCCCACUUCCUUGCCCAGUCUCCAAAUGGCCGGCGCUUGUCCAUCUUCGCUGUUGCUUGCGCUCGUUGGCAAGUCGUAGCAAUCCUCAAGCUGACCCUGGAAUCUAAUCGGAUUUUCAGCUUAACUACUUUGCGUUGCUUUCUACGCUGCUUAUCGAUUUAGCUACUCCAACCAUCUCAUAUGUUAAGAUCACCUGGCGAAUUUUGUUCCUACGCUCCCGAAGACAUUUCUGCAACGAAAGUUUUCAUUGAUUUUCACAGUCUCAUUUGUCUAGAUUUCCAGACGCUGUUCUCUAUCUCAUACGCAGGUUCAUAUAUUCGCAACUUUAAGAUUUACAAAAGUGAAUAAUUGAGUGAAAAAGUUGUGACCUACAUUCAAGAAACUGAGACAGUAUCCCAUGGAACCGCAGUAAGCGGGAUCGACCAAAAAGUCACGUUGAUAUUGGUAUACAACAAGUUAAAAAAUACAAUCAUCC